GGAUAGCAACAAGAUCUGUUGGAAAAGGAUUAAUAUGGGCUCAUAACCUUCUAUCCUCAAACAAUAUCUGAAACUUGCAUAUUUCAUCAAGGUCGUCACUCGCUCAAUUUGUAACUGCACGUGCUACCACCUGAAACAUGGUCAGGAAAUGUAUAAAACACAAAAGCAAAAGAGUAACUUGUCACAAGAGGUUCAAAAUUAUCAAAAAGGUUAAAGAGCAUCAUCGCAAAUUGCGAAAGGAAGCUAAAAAGAACCUAAAUCGACAUAAUAGAAAAGAUCCAGGUAUUCCUAACAUUUUACCAUUCAAGGAGAGCUUCCUCAAGCAUGUUGAAGAAACGAAGAUAAAGUUAGAGGAAGCAAAGCUUAAAAAUUCGGAGUAUUUAAACAAACCAGAGUCACUGAAGAGUGGUUCCGGAAACAUGUCGAGUGCUGUAGUACAGCAUGAUGUUAGAGAUGUCAUCAAGCAGUCUGAUGUUGUCUUGGAAGUCCUGGAUGCCCGUGACCCAAUGGGCACUCGAUGUCCUGAUAUAGAAGAAAUGGUUCUCACUGAAAAAAAGCGCCUGGUUCUACUCGUCAACAAAAUAGAUCUUGUACCCCGGUCAAACCUCGAUGCUUGGGUGAAGUAUUUGCGCCGAUCGCACACCGUCUUACCAUUUAAAGCUAAUGUGCAACGUCAGAAUAAUAAUUUGUCUUCCGGAAACCCAUAUGUCGAUAAGCAUGGAAAGAUGCCAGCGAAAGGUUAUGGAACUUCUGAUGUUCUUUCUCUACUUGCAAACUACUCACGUGACUCAAGUUCAGGUCUGUCUGACAAAGAUAGUAGAACAAGUUUGACUGUUGGUGUUGUCGGCCUACCAAAUACAGGCAAAAGUGCACUAAUAAACACAAUCAAACGGCAAAAGGUGUGUGUCAGUGGUAACGUCCCCGGCUUAACACGUCAACCCCAGCGUAUCAGAAUCGACAAAAACCUUUACUUGCUUGACACUCCUGGAACUUUGGUUUCCAAAUCGUGUGAUGCUUCAGAUCUCGUUUUGAAAAACUGCAUCAGGCCUGAAAUGCUUCCUGAUCCUGUCCCAGCUGUUGAAGCCAUAUUACGGCGUUGCCCAAGAAACCAGUUGAUUUCUAAAUAUAAAAUAGACGAGUAUAAUGAUGUUUCAGACUUCCUUGUAAAGUUGGCACAGCGUAUCGGUCGAAUGAAAAAAGGUGGUAUUCCAGAUAUCGUUAUGGCAGCACGUUCUUUAAUCAAUGAUUGGAUUACUGGGAAAGUUACUUAUUGCACCCAACCUCCAUGUGAUGACGAUGAGGAAGAAAAUACUUCUGAUUUAUCAUCGAAAUGUCAUCUGAUGGACGUUUCGGACAUCCCGAUAAACGAAUAAACUGGUAUACUUAAAAGUGUAAAUAAAAGCUUCUAAAUCCUUGUUUUUUUUCAACUGGUAACAGAUUG